AUGCUAAAAGAGGCUCGCAUCAUGCGUGGAUUACGACACCCCAAUAUUGUAUCACUCGUUGGAGUCGUUUUGAUUGAUCAUCCUAUUUAUAUCAUUCUGGAACUUAUGCAAGGGGGAGCAUUAGACGCCUACUUGAGGAAGAACCAGAAACGCGUCACAAGCGAAGAACGUCUUCGAUUUGUAGUGAGCGUUGCGUGGGGAAUGGAAUAUCUACACAGCGUUCCAAUUCUGCACCGAAUCUAG